AUGCCGCCACACAAUUGUUCAGAUUGGCUGUACGGCUUUCAAACUGGAACUGAUUGGUUCCUAGCGUGUGGGGAUGCCUUACAGCGAGCGACUGCUGACUUUUGUAAUCCUCAUGCACAGUUUCCUUCUACAGUCUUGCUGAUUGGUAAGCGUGAGAAAGACGCCGCGCGCCGUGCGCUGCUACAAACGCGUGCCCACUCAAAGUCACGCGGUAUUGCACAGUUGCAGGCAGACAAUUGCACAUCCAACAACGAAUACCCGCUACUAGUUGCGAGCCUAGAUAUUGACGAAGCUUGCAGCAAACAGAAGCCAUUACAAAAGCAUAAUGGACACUUGCUUCAUAAAGUCAAGUGGCUGUCAGAGCAUUCAUCCGCAACUAAAGUAGAGACUUUUGUGGAAAUCGUAGUUGGCAAGUUAUUAAUAUUGUUCGUCGAUGUUAUUUGUCUUUUCCUUGAGGAUUUCUCUACGCCUAAGGAAGGAAUCUAUUUCCUACAAAGAUGUGAACAGCAUAGUAGCAUAUCGCAAGACUGGAAGCCACAGGUCAUCCUUGUCAGUAAUCGCACGUACAGGCGGAAGGGAAGCCUAAGCCUUUCCCUAUUUAGUAGUAUCCAUCGCGUGGUACUACCAAAAGAAAGCCGCAAGACCCUGCCUUCCCCGAAGUUUUUCAAAUUGAAGAAAGCCAUCGAUUCUAGUGUGAGGAUGACAAGGAAAAGCAGGGACGCCUCCAAGCUGCUAUACUCAGCCUACCAUCUCAAUGCCUUCUUCGAGCUGGCAUUAAGACAUGUAGCGACAUGUAAUUCCACACCGUUCAACUUUAUUAUCGCUUCACGUCAGCGAAAUCGAAAAGAAAAAUAUCUUGGAGCCAAUCUACGGAGCUUUCUGGCGCUAUGCACCGCUAAUCACGUAAGCAAAGAGGCUUCCCUCAAGUACAUUGCUUCUGCGCUUAUGCUGGACAGUCUUCCGCCAGGUAUGCAUCGCGGCCUUAUUGUGCUCAUGUUUCUCCUACGCCGGAGCUUGGACGAGUGCAUCGACAUCUUCAAGCAGCUGUCCAAACGUGUCUUCGUUCCUCGCCCUUUGCCCGGAAAUUUUCUCUUCGCGAACAUGUAUCGAUUUCUGUAUUCACUACUCACAGAUAGCUUCUACGGAGCCGUCAAGAUGGAGGCAUGCGUAAAAGAAGCAUUCGGAUCAAACACUACGCUAUUUAGCUCCAACACAUCGAACACAGGUAUAUCAGGUCUAAAAGUGGCAGUUACUACAAUGGCCGUAUCUAAUUCGAAACUCUGCAUCCUCUCUAACUAUAAUGGAGCGGGAGUAAGGAAAGGUGAGAUGAUAUAUUCCAUCUUCAGGAGACUCUUAUAUGCGACGCGUAAGUUAUGUUUCCUUCGUCAAGCUCUCAAACUUAUUUCAACCAGAGCUAGAGCUACAUCAGCUGCUCCGUCCUACUUCCCAGCGAAGUUUAUCCAGGGUAUUGGAUUUUUACAGGAUGGUGGUGCAGGAAAGCAUAACAAUCCUAUUGGUCCCGCUGAGUGGGAGUCGAAAGCCAUCUGGGACAAUACACCUGACCUAGCUGUCUCAAUAGGUACAGGGUUCGCUCGAGAUUUGGAGCCAUCACAGACAGUUUCUAGAAGAUUAGGUUUUCGUGACCGUUUCUUCUCGCGCCUAUUCCGGCUUUUCAACGCCAUGUUGAAUGCCCAAGACAGCUGGGAGGAUCACCUGAAUCGAGUCUCUCUCGAGGAACGGCACAGAUACUUCCGGGUUAACAUAGCGCUUAGCACCGAGCCAGGGCUAGAUGACGUGAGCAAGAUACCAGAUCUAGAAGACUUAACUGCGACAUUUCUUCAUGGUUACGAUUUUACUAGCAUCACGCAGGCGCUUUUUGCCGCUGCUUUCUUUUUCGAACUCCACCAGAAGCCUAUUGCCAAUAGAACAUUGCUAACAUGUUUUGGUUCUAUCCGCUGCCGCAGCCCCAACAAGCGUGCGCUGAUUGAAAGAAUUCUACAAGAAUAUCCAGAUGCCUCUUUUGCCAUGGAAGACGGUACCAGCUUGGGCAAUAUCAGCGACUCCAGCCUUUGUACGGUAUGUGGUCAUUAUUGCAAAGCUGUCAAGUUCAAAGUGUACCAUGUCGACCAGAGAAUAUCCAUCUACCUGCAGUUCAAUCAAUCGAAUCAAACAAGAAUCAGUGGUUUCCCACAGUCGAUGUCGCAAUUUGUAAGGCUCCAGCAGCUGGACGCUGAGUUUGGGAGAUCCGAUCAUCAAUUCGCGGACUAUACAGGCAUGACUCACUGUAGACGCUUUCUAAAUGAUAGUAUCACGGAAAGAAGGCGAUACGAGAAAGCACGCCGUAAAUAG